GAGCGUCCCCCACAUCCCAUCCCAUCCCAUUCCCAUCCCAUCCCAUCCCAUCCCAUCCCGAGCCAUGAACACGGAGCGGAUCGUCAUCCCGGGCCCGGGGCCCUGGGGCUUCCGCCUGGUGGGAGGAAAGGACUUCGAGCAGCCCCUCACCAUCUCCAGGGUUACUCCAGGAAGCAAGGCAGCAGUUGCUAAUGUAUGUAUUGGAGAUGUUAUCAUGGCCAUCGAUGGAGAAAACACAAAUAAUAUGACUCAUUUAGAAGCCCAGAAUAAAAUCAAGAGCUGCGUAGAUAACAUAACGCUAACAGUUGGCAGGACGGAACACAAAGUCUGGUCUCCUCUUGUGACUGAGGAAGGGAAACGCCACCCAUACAAGAUGAAUUUAGCUUCUGAACCUCAGGAAGUAACGCACAUAGGAAGUGCACACAACCGGAGUGCAAUACCCUUCUCCGUUGCCGCCGCUUCCAGCGGUUCCCCCCGAGUCAUCACUGCCCAGUACAACAACCCGGCCGGCCUCUACUCUUCGGAAAACAUCCACAACUUCAAUAGCGCCCUGGAGUCGAAGACCGCAGCCGGCAUCCAGGAACCAAGUAAAAACCCAGAGCCAGCCCAGCCUCUAGGUAACAUCACCAUAGACAAGAACUCGGAGGUUUACAAGAUGCUUCAGGAGAACCAAGACUUAAAUGGGCCUCCCAAACAAUCGGCUUCAUUCCUGGUGUUGGAGGAGAUCUUAGAGACUGGGGACCCCAACAAGCCCUCAGGAUUUAGAAGCGUAAAAGCACCCAUCACGAAAGUUGCCGCCUCGAUUGGAAACGCCCAGAAGUUGCUCAUGUGUGACAAGUGUGGUAUUGGCAUUGUAGGGGCGGUUGUGAAGCUGCGGGAGAAGCACCGUCACCCAGAGUGCUACGUGUGCAGCGACUGUGGGAUAAACCUCAAGCAGAAGGGGCACUUCUUCGUGGAGGAGCAAAUAUACUGCGAAAAGCAUGCCCGGGAGCACGUGACCCCUCCAGAGGGCUACGACGUGGUGACUGUGUUUCCACAAUAAACUCGGACAUUCAGAACCCUGGUUUUUCUCUCCUCACUGCUGUAUUCUCCCUUCUGUUUUUUCCUCUACACUCGUCCUAAGAGAUCUUCGGCACUGGGUGUGGGGGCCAUCCUGCUUGGCUUUCUGAUUGCAUUCACCGGCUGAACAGCACUAAUCACACUACCUGCUUUAGAAAUAACAAUUCGGUUGGAACCCUCUCCCAGCAUCUUUUACCUUCCUCCCUGGACUUCCUACUGCAAGCCUGAGAAGGCCUGGCGUGUUCACGUCAAAAUAGAAAUAAACGUGUCUGGUGGUGAAGUGAGUAUUCAAUAAUAAACCUAAUGAUCCCAAGGCA